ACCCUGCAUUCACUAUAUCUGGUCUCCCCGGACCCUGCAUUCACUAUAUCUGGUCUCCCCGGACCCUGCAUUCACUAUAUCUGGUCUCCCCGGACCCAGCAUUCACUAUAUCUGGUCUCCCCGGACCCUGCAUUCACUAUAUCUGGUCUCCCCGGACCCUGCAUUCACUAUAUCUGGUCUCCCCGGACCCUGCAUUCAUUAUAUCUGGUCUCCCCGGACCCUGCAUUCAUUAUAUCUGGUCUCCCCGGACCCAGCAUUCACUAUAUCUGGUCUUCC